GAAUCUCAACCAAAACGUAUUAAUAUAUAUAAGCAUCAGAUAACAGAAGAAGAAUUGGCAAUACUAACAUCAUUAGUGAAUACUACUCCAACAGAAAAACAGCUGAACUUAGCUUUGGCAGUUUUAUUAAAAAUUUCAGAACAUUGA